AGCAGCUCUGCUUUCUUCAAGGAAGGGAGGCUGCAGGCAUCCGUGGAGGGGAUGUCGGGACUGGAGACCCUGCAGGGCGGUGGGGCAGCGGUGCCCCAGGACGUGAAGGGGAAGCUUCCUUGCUACCACCUAUGACCUCCCUGAGCAAAUGGAGCUAUUACAGAAAAUUACGCGAAGAGUCCCAGCCUGAGGCUUCCUCAUGGAUGAGCUGAACGUGACAACUUUGGUCCUUGAGCCCACGAACGCCUCGGCCGUCCGGAACCCGUCCACUGGGGGCACGCGCCAGGGAAUCCCAGCUGUGCACUGGGCCAUCCUGAGCAUUUCUCCCCUGGGCUUUGCUGAGAAUGGAGUCCUCCUCUGGUUCCUCUGCUUCCGGAUGAGAAGAAAUCCCUUCACAGUGUACAUCACGCACCUGUCCAUCGCGGACAUCUCGUUACUUUUUUGUAUUUUUAUUCUGUCUGUUGACUACACUUUAGAUCAUGAGCUCUCUUCCAGCUAUUAUUACACAAUUGUCACAUUAUCGGUGACAUUUCUGUUUGGCUACAACACAGGCCUCUACCUGCUGACAGCCAUUAGUGUGGAAAGGUGCCUGUCGGUCCUGUACCCCAUCUGGUAUCGAUGUCGUCGCCCCAAGCAUCAGUCGGCAUCAGUCUGCGUGCUCCUGUGGGCACUUUCUUGCAUGGUGACCACCAUGGAGUAUGUCAUGUGCAUUGACACUGAAGGGCGGGGUCCCUCUCGAAGUGAGUGCAGGGCAGUGAUCAUCUUUAUAGCCAUUCUGAGCUUCCUGGUCUUCACUCCACUCAUGCUGGUGUCCAGCACCAUCCUGGUGGUUAAGAUCCGAAAGAACACGUGGGCGUCCCGGUCCUCGAAGCUCUACCGAGUCAUCCCGGCCACCAUCAUCACAUUCCUCGUCUUUGCCAUGCCCAUGAGGCUCCUCUACCUGCUCUGCUACGAGUACUGGUCCACGCUCGGGAACAUGCACCACAUUUCUCUUCUCUUCUCCACCAUUAAUAGCAGUGCCAACCCUUUCAUUUACUUCUUUGUGGGCAGCAGUAGGAAGAAACGGUUCAAGGAGUCCUUAAAAGUGGUUCUGACCAGGGCUUUCAAAGAUGAAAUGCAACCCAGGCGCCAGGAAGAUAAUGGUAACACCAUCACGAUUGAGACUGUCGUCUGAGGACGCGGAGAGAAACAGUGGACAAAAAUGGUGGGGCACAGAUGAUCUGUAGUGUGUGCUUGGAGCACGACUUAAGGGUCUCCUAAAUAUCAUACAGAAGGACACCCCACCCCGUAUGCAUGGGAUACUAAUCAAUGAUACGAUUGUUCUCCUGCACUGCGUCUUCUGGAAAUGCCUAAACAUAUGUUGGACCUCUGUCGUUUCUGUACCUAUCACAAACACUCCUGUUCUUUCUCAGCUCUUCUGGCAGCAUCUGAACCAUAAACAUGAACAUGGUUCCUACCGUGAACCAUGACAGUUACUCUAGCAGGAAGGUUUGCGGAGGUGUACAGGGAAGGUAGCGAAAAUAUUUCUUGGAACUUGAGGAGACAGAGCUGUGUACCAGGAGCAGCAUGCGUUUGGAAGUCAGGUCAACUCUGUCAUUUGCUGCCUGUGUGACAUCAGGCAAGUGGCUUAACUUCUCAGCACCUCAUUUCCUCACUUAUAAAAUGUUUAAUUGCAAUAGUCCAUUCCUUCCGGGCUUGUGGUGAGGAUGAAAAGGGAAGCUGAGGUGUGUGUAGCUCUGGGCACAUUGUCGACAGUCAGUGACCAUCAGCCUCGCCUCACUCCUUUAAUUGGAAGAAGAAACACAUAUUUCUGUUUUGUAAAGCACACACAUACAAACACACACACAGCUCUAUCAUGUACAAAUAUUGUUACAUGUUUUUAAGUGUUGAAUGUACGUGUACCGAAGUCUUUGUCCCUGCAGAGUGAAAGCGUUUCACCACACCUCUAUUGAAAACAUCUGCAGUGUUACACCACCCAGCCACAUGUUAGGGCACUAUUUCAGGUCGCAAAGAAAAACGUAAGGCCUCUAGUUUCUCAUGGCUUCCCUGCCCUCUGUGGGAAAGCUUGAUGCAAUGAGAGUCUGCUUUGAAAUCCUUUGUUUGAUAGAAAUUGUCAUGAAUGGGACUUAAUUCAUGAGUUCGUGAGGGUGAUAGUAUUUUGGGGGCCCCCACCCCCAUAAACCUAGGUUGUAGGUUAUUGAUGGCCACACAUCCUCACCUGCAGCCAGGUAUAGGCUUCUGCCACCCCCAACCCCCAGCCUCCCCUACCCCAGCGUUUCUUUGGGUCAUUCCUGGGAGGAGGCUCAGCGGGAGGGGCUGAUGGCCACAUCCUAAAGGGAGCCCAACGUUCUUCCCAAAAUGGAUCUUUGAGGAUGUCCUCAGGAGCUUAGUGCUGUGCUGCUUGACUGCCAGGACUUCAGGCAGCACGUCCCAGGUUUGAGCUGGGAAGCCUGUCGUGGCUACAUGGCCCUGUUUAAUUCCCUUCUGCCCUUUCCAGGUGCCCCAUGACCAGCUUGUUCAUGCCCGUAAAAGGGCCCCUUAGUGUUUAUUCUAACUGUCUCCAAUGGGUCAGAGAAGCCGUGAGCAAAAAGGUUCUUUGUCGCCACCUGUCUCCUGUCUGUCCUCUAUCGGUCACUGUAACCACGGGGCAGCUCCGUGGUGGGGAGGGGUGUGGGUCUCCCCACCCCUCCACGCUCGGAUCAGCGGCUUUAAGUGGGUGCUGACAUCUGAUUCAGAAUCGAGGCAGCUUGCUUUCGGAAGCCCAGAUGGGUGUGGAGUGAUGACAUUUAGAAUGAUCUUGUUUUCUAUUGAAAUCUUUCCCGGGAACGGACAGGAUGAGAGAUCAGACAGCCCUCCUCUUGUUUCCUAUCGUCGGCAAUGCUCGGCCGCCCCGGGGGGUGGGGGAAAAGGAUCAACCCUACGUUGUCUCAAAGGGACCUGGGUCUGGAAGAGAACCUAAAGGCUCUUAGGAACACGGAAUUUUCACGCAAGGCAAAUACAGUAAACUGGUGGGAAGCCUCCAUUUAUUGCCUCUCUGCACAUAAAAUGGGGAAAUUGAAAGUGCUACUAAAUGAAAUUCUUCUAACCCUUAAAGGAGUCAGGUCUUGCAAAGAGACAGUUUGACACAUCUCUCUCCCUUUACCUAAACCCAUCCCCAGAAGUGAACUAUAAGGUUGGAACUAAAACAAGAAGAUUAAAGUAAAUAUGCAGACUGGAUAACGCACACCCUGGGAACAUUUAGACCCACUUGCCCGAGUCAUCAUGCAUUAGGGGGCACCAUUUCUGAGAAUUCCCUGGGCACAGGGGGAGGCCAUUUGGGUAUAAAGUCUGUGCUUGACCAAGGGGACCAGCAUUCACGGGAGGCCUUCUCUGCCAAACUGCACGGUGUGAACAAGGCCCAGAUGAGCAAGCUGCGGCCACUGUGGUCUAGACUAGCAGAGGAAGCUGCACACGUGUACCCGCAGCUCCAAGCUGUGCACAAAGCAAUGUCAGGACGCGGUGAUAAACAGUCGUGUGGCAGUCAGCAGGAAGGUGAGAUCGUGUCUUUCUUAGGAAAAGGGAAUGGUUCAUGGAGGUGCCCUUUGGUUGCUGAUAGGUAGGGGCUCAAGGGACUGAGAGGGGAGGGAGAGGAUUCCAGGUAGGGAGCAGGUGUGAGUGGGGGGCAUGGCCACGUGGGAGAAGCAAGGCCAGGCACUGUCCCCUUUUCGGAUUUGCUGGGGAAGUGGGCCCUGGCGGCUCCUGGGGCCCUGCUCACCACCCCCCAUCUCUCUGUUGCUGUUAUCUUUGGCCUUCUGGCCUCACAUUCCUCAAGCUCCUUGGGAUUGAGCCUGCAGGCCUACUCUCCCGUCUGUGCCGUCUCCCAGCCCUGCUGUGGGUGGUGUUCGGCUUCCUACUGGCCUCUGUCUCUGCAUCAAUGCAAGUGGCUCUCAGCUCCUCUCCUUUCUGAGCAAUGCUCUGAGCCUCAUUGCAACACGACCAAUCUACUUCUGAAAAUGACAAUCCCAAGGCCCCACCAUCUUCCCCUGCUCUCCUGUCCUUCCCAUCGGUCACUCACUCCCACCACUCUGGAUUUCUGCACGAGGACCUCUUGUCUCUACCAUUGAUAAUGUAUGAAUCAUUUGCCGCAUGUACAUGUCCCCCUGCGUCAUCUGUGUCCCUGUGGGCCCAAACCUCUGGUGCCCUUGCUGUGCAGGGAGUGCCCUGUGGUCAGAGUGGGCCAUACAGAGUCAGUCCCAACCGCCGGUGCCUCCUGCUGGCCCAUGAGCCUCUUCCCCAGGCCUCUUGUCAGUCUCCCAUCAGCCUUUGCUCUCCUCACUACCUGGCUUCAUGGUCUCCGAACAACACCAGGGCCUUAGGCACCAGCUCUCAGCAACUCUUCCAGAAUGACGCCUCAACCUGCUCCUUCUCUCCUUUUCUCUGAUCUGCCGAUUUCUCUCCUUUUCCAAUAUUUCCUGUCCACCAGCCUUCCAGACGACAAUCUUAUUCCAGUAUUAGCAAACAAAGUGUUUUUGCUUCUAGGUAAAAAAAAGCCAAGUUCUUGUAGUGUUUUCCAAGGUUCUCUGCGAUCGGCUACUCCUGACACUAUCGGGCUAGGGUGGCCCAGUCUCCAGCCUCACCACCUCCUUGCAGUUCUUUGAAAAGGCCAAGCACACUCCUCUGGGCCUUUCCCUUGGCUGUUCCUUCCCCCUGCGAUGACCUGCCCCAAGUCUCUGCUCCCCUCCCUCCUGCCCAGGGCUGUGGAGGGCUCCCCUGCCACCCACACACAGCUACCCCUCUGCUCGCUGUGCCCCCCUUGUCACCACCAUCGUGUGCCACAUGGAUGUGCUUGUUUGUCAUUCCAGGGGACACACUCCUGGGGGCUGCCUGUGCUCUGGCUGUGGCCGCAGGAGGGCCAAGGAGGUGGAGGCCCUGCUCCCGCCACAGAGGUUCCCCCCCAACCCUGCCACAGGCUCCAGCUGCCCCUUAGUGCAGCCAGUCACACAGGAAGGCCGUUCCCCACGGCCCGCUCAGCGCCUUCCCAUCUCCCCCACUCACCGGCAGCCUUCCGCAAGGCUCUGCCGUGCUCCCGGUCCACGCUGUCUUGGGCUCCGUCCCGAUGCACCCCUCCACACUGGCCGGCUGGCAUGCCACCUGGCUGCCAUGCUGCUAUGUCAGAAUGGGACAGAGGAAUAUGAGCGACUUGCCCUUGCCACCCCAGUGGGCUCUGUUCUACCUAUUCCUUUUGUGGCCUUUCACAUGCUGACCAUACUCCUAGUGAAAACAUCUCUGUUCUUGUUGGCCGCAAGCCACAUUCCCCUUCAGCUCUCAUUUUCUGUCCUAGCUUCCCUAUUCCAGCUCUGUCAUCUCCCCACUGUCCUUCCUGGCUGCUCCCUCAAGUGGCUGUGUUUUCCUCCAUCUGGUGGCUGGGUUUGCACACCCUCCCUGGGCAUCCUGAGCUAUCAGCGCCCAUGUAUUUCUGGGCAUCAGCACCCAUGUCUUUCUGACCCGCACGUCUGCACUGAGUGGUCAGAUGCGCGGCUGGUCUCCUGUCCUGUGCAUCUGACCGCCUACGGGUCACUGGGCUUGAUGUCCUGCAAACACUUCCUGUGCCACCUGCCCGUUUUCCUGCCAUUCCUCCUAUGUUCCUUCUUUGCUGAAUGACACAUGAACCACCCUGUCACCAAGUGAUGCUAUUCCCUUUGUGUAGAUUGCCCUUCCCUCGUUUUAGUCCAGCAAAUUCUAUAUGUCCCUCCACACCCAGCUCAUCCACCAGCCACUCGGAGUGGCUUCCUGGAACCCAAGUCCCUGGUUGGCCAUUCACACCUUGGCUUUCCCAGUCUUGCACCAUCUCAUUCCCGUCGUCAGGCUCAGCUGAUGGCUUGCUUCCCCUUUCACAAGAGUAGAAGCAAUAAGAAAUCCACACCUGACCAAGGCUGCAUCUGCUGGUCCACCUACAUCCCUCUGUGCACAGGCCUCUCCCUUCUUACUCCGGGAGAGUGCACCAUGCCCCCGGCUAAGGCGGCCCCACACCCGUGUCCCAGCUGCCUUCCCCAGUGACCUGCCCAAGGACUUUUCUCCAGCAAAUCUCCCCUCUUUGUCCUGAAUCAUCGAUUUCAGCCCCAGCCAAGAGCAGAGAGAUUUCCAGAAAGCCGGAUAGGGGAGGUUUGCUGAACUGCUUCAUGGGCCUGGAUUAGCAUGCCCCUGCCACUUGCGCCCCUUGUUUUUCUGUAGAAAACAUCUCGUACACUGAGAGGGCUGUCCCCUGUCACGCUGUCCCUUCCCAGUGGGGACACAGAUGACCUCAGAAUGACCAACUUCCUCCCUGGGGUUGUGUGAGGAGCACCAGGCAGAUGUGUUACGGGAUUCCUACAAUUUCACCACCUCUAAAAUAAUUCAUUUAGGCUAAAUUCUGAGUUUUCACUCAACUCCUUGUACAAUACAGGCUUUCCUGGGAGGGCAGGCACACCAGGUCACAGGUAACCCUUUCCUCCCGGCGAGGAGUGAUCCUUGACCCCUUGAUGCCACAUGCAGGAACUUCUUUUCUUUCAGUGUCGUAUUUGACUCAGUAGUACAAGGUUGAGUGGAGAAUAAAAAUCCUCAAAACAUGCAAACAUGAAUUACCAAAUGUGUCCCAUUUAAACUGGUUUCCACCAAGUCUGCCACCCUGCUGGCAAGAUACUGAGAAUUCCAUGAAGUGCUGAUAUAACACCCCAAAUGGCUGACCAAAGAACCUGGGGGCAGAGUCAGACCUGUUAGUAGUUGGACUGGAGGGAAAUAAAGAAUGAUGAUGGCAUGCGAGCUUCCAAAAAGAAAGGUUUUAUUAUCCAACAGUUGAGGAAAGCUCUUGAGGAAACUGCUAAAGUCCUCAGGUAUUACUGUAAAAAUUAGUAACCAUGAAGUAAACGAUGUCAUUAUACAAUUUUUGGCAGAAAAAAAUACGCUCAGAGUUAUUAACUCUUUUCAGUGAUUUAAAACAACAAGAUACUGUCAUUUCUCUAGCUUCUAGGGGUUGACUGAGCUCGUCUGGGUGCUUCUUAUUUGGGGUCCCUCACGGUUUCUGCUGGAAGACCUGAAGGCCGGACUGAGUGGGGCAUGCACGAUGGCACACUCACUUAGGUGACUGGUGGCUGUGGGUGCAGCUGCCGAGGUCGUCCAGAUCCUACACUUGGCUCUUGUUAUGGCUAGAGUUUCUCACAACAUAGAAACAGUUUUUUGAAAGGAAUCCUCCUGGGAAUGCGCUUUUUCAAGAGACCAAAAAUCAACUACUGAUCUCUCACUUAUUUAAAUGAAUUGCCACAUGGUUGAAGUUAUAAGUUUUUCCCCCUUGUUUUAUUGGGAUAUAAUUGACAUAUGAUAUUGUACUUUUAGGAGUGCAGUAUUACAAUAAGUUUUGAUAAAGGCAAAGCUAAGCUUUCUUUUCAGGAUUUGCUAUGAAAUCUUGGUCCUCAUUUUGACAAGAUUCCCUUUUAAAGAAUUCUUGCUAAAACUCGUCAUCCUGGAAUAAGAAGAUUCUCUUGCAUUAACUGUUGUUUUUAAAUGUAUCCAUAUGAAUGUUAACAUGAAGGGUUGAGUUAUCAAAGCAGAGCCAGUGUGAAUUGUCAAUCUAUCCAACAAGAAGCUAGUGAUUCAAAUGGUACAGGCAAAUACAGGCACAAAUUCAGUAUUCUUUUCCAGAGAAGCCCAAAACUGAGGUACAGUUCCUCAGAUAUCCCCUCCUCCUGCAUGAGACCGCACUUCAAUUUCAGAGUGAUGGAUGAAUUUUGAGCCAUGCAGAUAGACAUCUUGUUUUCAAAGGAAGGUGUUUAGAUUUGGGGCCCCUCCGUUUUGUGUUGUGUUAAUUACACACAGAGAGAAUGUGUAUGUGACUGGUUCCCCCUCUCCAGUCUUCUGUGCCCCAUGUAUAAAUUCAAAUUUAUCUGCAAUAACCAAUCUUGACAGAUCAGCUAUAUCCUGCUGGAAGUAGAACUAGUUCCCUGUGUAUAACAGUUUGACAGAGCAGUCUGAUUGUCUGCUCCUUUGCAAGGAGCAUCAGUUGAGGUCAUUCAUCCCUUGGGGCACUUCCUGUAGGUUACAGGCCUGCUGCUAAUACCUCAGCCAACAAGACUACAUACCUAAGGUAGAGGCCUGUCUUACUACUAGGGGAGCAGAGAAAAGGAUAUUGCCCUUGGCAUGAGAAGACUAGGGCUAAAAACCUGACUCUUGCACUUAUUAGUUGUGUAAGAGUCUGACAAGUUAAUCUUGCUGAUCUGUAGUUAUCAUACUGAGUGAUUUAGUGGGAGUUCCCCCCAAGGCAGAUCCUGAGGCAAGGAUUUGGUGCAAGGAAUUUAUUUAAGAGGUCUCCUGAGGAUCAGGGGAGGAAUGGGGAAUUUGAACAGGGAAGGGAGGAAGCCAGUAUAAGGUGAAUUAGUGAGAACAGGGCCCAAGGACAGUGGAGAGUCUCUGAGAAUCACAUCUAGUCCACCUUGGAGGUGCCCUCCCGGAGGGGUGCUGAGCCACCACCUUCUCCCCCUCAUAGGUGAAGGUCACUCCUGCAACUCCCAGCUCUUCUGCGUGUGACCUGUGGCCAGGGGGAGCAGGCUUGGUGGCAAGCCCACCCUGAGGUGCAGUGUCCCGGGAGCCACGGGCAGGUGCGGGAUCUGCCUGCAGGUGACCUCAGCGUCCGCUCCAAUAGGAUAAAAAUCACCUGCCUCACAAAGGAGAUGUGCCAGGCAACGUAAUGUAUGUGAAACUGUGUAAACUGGGAAGCAUCCAUCAGAAGUUAGUUAUUCCUAAGUGCUAAGUGAGAGAAGCCAGGCAUACAAGGACGAAUACUGUGUGAUUGCACUUACAUGAGGGGCCUGGAGCGAUCACACUCCUAGAGACAUAAAGGAGGGUGUUGCUGGGGCUGGGGGAGGGGAAGAGGGGAGGCAGUGUUUAAUGGGGAUACAGUUUCUGCUUGAGAAGAUGAAAAAGUUCUGGGGAUGGACAGUGGGGACGGCUGCACAGCAGUGUGAACGUGUUUCAUGCCACUGAGCUGUCCACUUAGCAUUGGUUUUUAAAAAGGUAAAUUUUAUAUUAUGUAUAUUUUUAUCACAAAAAACCCAAUUAGUUCUUAUACUCUGAAGGUGCUUGACAGGCCCAGGAUGGGCACCAAGGUAACAGUGCUGGUGACAAAGCAUGGGACAAAUUGCCACGGCCACUCCCAGCGCACAGCCCUGGCACUACGUCCAGUGAUGGUGCAGAGACAUGAGGCUAAUGAGACAACACAGCUCAGAAUCUGUAUCUUCGAAUGAGUGUAAUCUCCUCUGAAGCAGUCCCAGAGGAUCGCAAUGAAGCCAGAGGGGCAGACAGUAACUCUCUGGGGCUUUGCGGGCCAUACUGUUGGUAUUGCAAUGACUCAACUCCGCCAUAUUUUGUGCGAAAGCAGCCAUAGACAAUGCGUAAAUGAAUAAGCAUGGCUGUGUUCAAGUAAAACAUUACUUACGGAUAUGAAAAUGAAAUCUCAUGUAAUUUUCAUGUGUCAUAAAAAUUCUCCUUUAUUUUGUCUUCAACCAUUUAAAAAUGUAAAAAACUUUCUUAGUUUACUGGCUGUACAAAAACAAGUGGUGAUGGUUCUGGGGGUAGCCAUGUUUUGUCCUAAAGUAUUUUGGGAAUCCCUCUUCUGGAAUUGCCUUCAGGGUGGAAACAGCACAUCCAUUUACAAUCCUGACCUCAAUGGUGGCAAAUCUUCAUUGUUUCCCGGGGCUUUGGCAUUGCAAAAGGACUGGCAGACGUCCUGACUCAAACCUGAUGGGUGAGAUUGGUGUAAAGCUAGGAACGAUUGAUUUCCUGUGGUAGCUAACUCGGCUAUAAAUAUAAUUCCAGGUCUAUGCUCAGGGGACAUUUUAUUUAGCCAUCCCAAACUAUAUUCUCUGGUUUCUAAGGGAAUUAGUGGGGUUUUUCAGUGACUAGGAAUGAAAUCUUCAUGCGUAAGAAUUCAUGGUGGGUUUUUAGAAGGAUAAAGAUCUCACAUAUGGCUUUUGAGAACAGCAUGAAUAAACUCUAAUUGCUAACAAAUUUGAAAACUAGAACAUUCCUAACAUUGGGUUAAUUAGCACUUGCAUGCUUUGUACCAUCACUAUCCCAAACAAGGAACAUAAGCCUUGUCCCGAGUUGUGGGAUAAAUAUUUCAGGAUAUUAUUAAUGCAAAGGUCAUUAUCACACUGAUUUAUUUAUGUAUGCUUUUGAUCAAAAUGUACCCUUUAGAAUGAUUCGCUUUUAGGCAAGUGUGGAGAGCUAAAAACAUUCCUUAAAAUGCAUAAAACAAAAUA